AUGGCGGCGCUACCCAGUCCCCCUUUACCUACCCGAGCACCGCCCUCCUCGUGGGUCUCUGGAACCCAUCUACCGCCCUUUCCCAGUCCCCCUUCACCUACCCGAGCACCGCCGCCCUCCUCGUGCGGCUCCGCUACCCACCUAGCGCCCUUUCUCAGUCACCCUCUCUCUACCCAAACACCGCCCUCCUCGCUGGUCUCUGUAACUCACCAACCGACCUUCGCGAUCCCUCCACUUUUCUUGACCCAAACACCGCCCCCCUCGCGGGUCUCUGCAACCCAUCAACCGACCUUCGCGAUCCCUCCAUUACCGAGCAGCGCGCGCGCGGCUACUCAGUCUCCUUCGCUGCCAAUCGCGCCUAGCCCAAGGAGUGCACCAAGUCUUAGCCCCGCGCCAGCCCGCGAUCUCCAGCCUAGCGGCCCGCGGCAGCCUAGUGUUGUUCACACUAUCAGGGAAGGUGGCCCCGAAGUGAAGACUCACUUUGCUCGGCGCCCAAAUUACUCUUCUUCUUCUGAGUCAACUCCGUACCAAAAGCCAUCUUUCCGAGGGCUAUCGCCCUUUUUGGAGAGAAGCGAUCCCUUCAUUGCCUUCCGAGACGAGUUCCUCAAGAACCCCCAGGGGUACCUGGUUGAGAAGAUUACUGAAACUUCAGCAACCCCCAAUCCACCUGGAAUCGUCGCUAGGAACAAGGAGGGCUAUACGGACGUGGUCGAAGGGUUAGGUAUCCAGGUUUUCCGCUUCUCUUUGAACGAGCCGGACAAACUCCAAAUUGUCGAAAUCCCCUACAAUUUCGUGCCCGCCUUCCGCGGUUUCAAAGAAAGCCCCAAGGCGGAGAUUCACUCCGUCUACUUCGUUAUCAGCAGCCCGUUCCACUUCAGUAUGGACACUCCAUGUGUAUGGGACUACAUAUCGGGUGGCCAACCCGUCCAGCAAAGGCAUCCGAUAUGCCAAAAGGACUGGAAGUACGUACCGAAGGGAAAGGAUGAGAAGAGGCCAGGAGCGUUUCAGUCUCGAAAUAAGUAUCGAUUCAAUCCUGUGUUCCUUUCGCUUUCUGAUGAGGAGAUGAGAAAUCCCAUUAGGCAGACCAUCUACUACUGGGACUAUGGGGCGCAGCCGGAAGUACUUUCUUCAGUAGUUAUCGAGUACAGGUUUGUCAGCAAUCCGUCUAAGCAAUAG